CGUUUUGGUGCUGGGAGUGUUUUGAAUGUGUGCAUGGUUGUCGAAAUGCAACGCCGCUGUGUACUCAUCCCGCUCACUCCAAUUGACCUGCAAUCUGUUUGUAGAUUCAUCCCCUCAACACGAUUGUAUUGCUGUUUUUUUAUUUAUUUUUAUUUUCUUUUUCAGACGAUUCCGACGAUACCUGGAACAUUGAUGGUGGUUCAGUGACGGUGAGAGGAAAAUUUCAUUCUAAAUGCAGUGAAAUGGUGUGUUUGUCGAUUUGGGCCUGAGAUUGAGGAGCGGACUUGUAUGACAUAGUUACCCAGGAGCUUGGAUUUGUGGGUUUUCACCAUGGCAUGGGGAUAGCUGGGUGAUGUAGCGGAAUUUCAAUGGUGGAGAUGAGUGAUACUACCUGAACUGGAGAGGUUGGGGUCUCAUCAGAGAGCAUCGACAACGGGAGCAAUGAGGGGCAAUGUGGUGACCGAGGCUAGUCUGAGCACCCGUGCGAACCAGUGGUGGGCAGCUGUGCCUUGUGUAACUGCAGGAGUGGUGUUUUUGUGCACUGCUAUAUACGUGAUCUGCUUACUAUUCGGAUAUGACAGCUUUAUCCAAGUCUGCCUUCUACCAAAAUAUAUAGUUGAUAGAGUACAAGUGUACAGGCCUUACACCUCUAUCGUUUUCCAUGCAUCGAUAUUGCAUCUCGUGUUCAAUAUGCUAGCACUAGCCCCUAUUGGUAGUGGCCUAGAGCGCAUAUUGGGUUCAGUCCGUUACCUCCACGUUCUCUUUAUUAUGGCCACCAGCAAUGCGCUUAUCGAGGUUGUCAUCGCAUACCUGGCUGCGUAUAAUCCUGUUCACCCUUAUCCUGGCUUGAUGUACGAGUGUGGCAUAGGUUUCUCGGGUGUCAUCUUUUCAAUGAUAGUUAUGGAAACCAGCUUGAAUCCUGUUCAAACUCGAAGUGUAUUUGGCUUUUUCUCAGUUCCAGCAAAAUGGUAUCCUUGGGCUCUUUUGGUGCUAUUUCAAUUGCUGAUGCCAAGGGCGUCCCUGCUUGGCCACCUUGCUGGCAUUCUCUCUGGUUUUGCUUAUACAUACGGUCUCUUCAAUUGUGGUAUGCUGAGUUCCAGCAAGUAUGCAGCUGUUGAAGGAUUACCUUGUCUUGCACCUCUUGUUAGGAGACCUGGAUUCAUUGUUGGAGGCAGUGGUGGCACAGCUCCAUCGUCACUUCCUUCCUUUCCUAUGCCCGGGAGCAACAGCGUUUCUUCUUUUCGGGCGGUGAUGAACAGAAUACAAGGCUGGUUGCCUCAAGCAAGGCAAGAUUCCACAACAGCAGAUGAGACUAGCACUCCUAUGGCUGAUAUGGCACAUAUCUCGACUAGAUUUCCUGGUCGCGGACAGGUGUUAGGAAGCUCGGUUUCAACUCCUGCUCAAGUGAGAUCACCGGUACUAUCAGGAGGUCGGAGGCCCAAACCUAGUAGCAAUCAGACAGACUUGCAUGCAAGGCUCUUGGAUCCAGGCCCUGCUGUGUCUUCACCUGAAAUGCAGCAGAACCUUUCUACCACACCGCCUCACAAUAGGGGGAAUCUUCAACAAUCAAUGAAUACAGUCGACAAUCACGAAUCUAAGGUGGAUGACAAUGCGGUAGCGAGCCUUGUGGCCAUGGGGUUUGAUAAGACAGUAUCAUCAAAUGCGUUGAUUGCUACCCAGGGGGACGUUGCUAUGGCAGUUGAUCUAAUAAGCUCUCAAGACUGAGUUACCAACAGGUGUCAUAUAACUUGAUAUUACUUCAUGUGAUAGUGUUGUCGAUUGAGAGGUUCUGCUCACGAAUUGCAAUGCAUAUAUUCCACUUUCGUUAUGUACAUAUCACAUGUAGUAAAAUAAUCUGCAUGAAUUGUGAUACUUUGGCGGUAAA